AUGCAACGGAUGAGGCGCAUAUCGCCGCUGCUACGCUGCGCCAGCGUGCGUUCGUCGCUCUUCAGUACCUCGUGCGUAUCUCCUCUGUUCCGUGCAUGUCUGUCCAGUGCUUUUCUCCCCCAUCGUCGCAACAGUCGCCGUCCCUUUUCGCUCUCGUCGCUUCCUUCCACAAAUCGUCCUUCCGCUUCGACAGCGCCUGGAGCGACACCGUCGACAGUGCAAGGGACGAACCUAUUGCGUCGCGUGUCUAGAGCUCGAGAGUCGCAUGCUCUCGAGUGGUCGGAAGGUCCUGGCGCUGCAGAGGAGGCGGACCCUUUUAGUCUCACGGACCCGCACGACGACCUCACGACGGCCAAGCUCACGAAACUCUUUUCUCGCUUUGAACCAAACGAGCACGGAAGAGUGUCGUACCACGGAUUCCGACGAGGUCUAGAAGUCAUGGGCAUCCCGUGCGAUCCGAGCGACGAGUUUGAGGCUUUUGUUGCGCAAAUAGAUGAAGACAAGAGUGGUGGAAUCACGUACGACGAGUUCUUGUGCGCUGUUCAGGAAAUCAAGUUGACACAGCUGUUUAGCCCAGAGUAUGUCAAGGCUUUAAUGGAAGAGUACGCUCGCGUGCACGGCCAUGCAGCUCCUGUGGCUAAAUUGGGCUCGAUCGAGUACUCGCCCGAUCGAAUACGAAGCGCAUACCCGAUUGAAGACCUGGAAAAGUUCAUGUACUCAAAACAGCCAAACUGGGCGAAUGUGCGCUGGAUUAAUGUGGAGGGAUCGGACCCGUUAAUGAUGCGGAGAUUGGCUGUGCGUUAUCGGCUUCACCCACUUGCGGUAGAGGACACACUAGAUGCUGACCUUGAACGACCCAAGUACGAGCAAUAUGACGAGCAUUCAUUGUUGGUCCUCCAGACGGUGCACGCACGCGACUUAAACAAGGCGUCAGAGUAUCAGCGGAUGUAUCGCGCGUCGUUGUAUGUCCGCGAUAACGACGUGUCGCCGUUUGAUAGCAUGGGCAAAGCUGAACUAGAAAGGAGGCUUGACGAAUUAGCUAUGGGGCGCAUCAUGACUCCGCCUGAACAAUUGAGUGUGUACGUCAUGGACAGUGUCGUCAUUAGCGUGCAAAAAUCAUCGAGUUUAUUGUGGUCAACGCUGAAACGUCGGUUGGACAUGUCGUACUCCAAGGUUCGGCAGAGUGGUACCGCAUUUCUAGUCAACUCGAUCGUGGACGUGUGUGUCGACGAAUUGUCUCCCAUUGCGCACACGUAUGGGGCCAAGGUGGCAAUGCUGUCUCGUCUUUUACGUCACGACCCGCGCAAUUUUAACGCCGAUCGUCUAGCGAAGUGCUCAAAAGAAAUUAAGGGGCUAAAGUUAUUGUGCAAGCCACUACGCGAAAUGACGACACAACUCAUGAAGUCGACCGAUUUCGAGGGCGAGACGCUGCGGUAUUUCCGAGACGUACAGGACCAUGUUAUGGUCAUUGACGAGACCUGCGAUCACCUUCUAGAUCGGUGCCGCAGUUUAGUCGACGACUGCCACAACGCGCGGCAUGCCCAGCAAAGUGAAGUUAGCUACACGUUGACUCUCGUGGCUACUGUUUUCCUACCGGCUCAAUUUCUGACUGGACUUUACGGCAUGAACUUCGUCAACAUGCCCGAACUGCAUUGCGAGUACGGGUAUGUGAUCUGGUGGGGCGUUGUGUCGACCGUAGCUACUGGAACGAUCACGUACUUUAAGUUUUACAAAAAAUGGUUGUAA